UUCCUUUUGUUGUUCAUGGAACCAAUUGUAGCAUUGAUUGCUAUGGCUUUUGCUGCAGCAGUUGGUGUGACAUUCUUAGUACUAGGAUGUGCUUUAUAUGAUAACUGGUGGCCAAUGUUUGUAUUAAUUUUUUACUUCCUGUCUCCACUACCUACAGUAAUAUCUAGGCGUAUGGCUGACAGUUUAGACACAGCAAGUAGUGCCUGUGUAGAACUUGCAAUAUUCUUAACUUCAGGCAUUGUAAUAUCAGCUAUUGGACUUCCUCUUGUAUUGGCACAUGUAAAUACAAUUGACUGGGGAGCCUGUGCUUUGGUGUUAGCUGGUGACCUUGUGGUAUUCCUGACUAUACUGGGAUACUUCUUUGUGUUUGGGAAUGAAGAUAUGGACUAUUCAUCCUGGUGAUGACACAAGCCAGAAAGUGGGAUUUUAUUUUUAAUGCAUUGAUACAAUAUUUAUAUUUUAAAUUAAUAUUCUUGAAAGAUUUUUCAAGAAACCAGAUGUAAUAGAAAUAAGGUUUCUUGGAAAAUACUGUAUGUUUACCUUGUAUUUAUUAAGUUUGGUUCAGUGUUUCCUGUAACUUUGAAUAGAAUAUUGUUUAAAAACAAAUCAAAGUUCUCUUUGUAUAUGUGUUCCUAGGAUUUGUUUAACACAUACUUAAUCAACUACAGCAAGGCCUAAACCUACUUUUACGUGAUUGCUCUUUUCUUUCUAAAUAUCAAAAUAAGGUGUUCUAUUUAAAUCUUUCAAAAGACGGUAUGAAUUACUUUUCAUAAUAAUGUUAAAUUUUAUUGUUGCAUAAGGGAUAAACAAUGCAACCCUUCAGGAGUAACUUACAAUCCCGUGACAGGCAAAUCAAAUGCACCUAGACAUCUAUGUUCAUAUAACUAAAUCUGUAUAUAUAGGCUAGCCAAAGGAAGAAAAAUUAUUUGUCCUUUUUGAGAAGUUUAUACAGAGUUUUGUUUAAGAAUAUUUUCACAAUUUCUUAACAAACCAUGAUUUACUUUUUACAUGUGACCAGUGUAACUAAACAUGUUUGACUAAACUUAAGUUACUCCUAUCCUUUAUACAGGUGCAAACAACAGCAGGUUCGACUGUAUUUCUAGGAACAGAGUAUGUCUUUUGUGUAUCGUGAUAUUAUUUAAAUAAUGCUUUGACCCAUUACUACUUAAAAAUUAAUAAAGAACUUUGCUUAAAAUUUUACACGCAUGUAUAAAUCAUGAACCAUGUUCUCUUGUCAAACUGCAAUUUUAUAAUAAACCAAGAACUAUCUCAGAGGAAACAAAAGGAAACCUUAUAACAUGUCAAAGUCAUUAUAACAUUUAUUAUUCUAAACUAUGAUAUAAUGUCUACCUGUUUCUUAUUUCUUGAGAUUAAAUGUUCAGCUUUGUGUAUAGCUAGAGCCAUUGUCAACAAUAACGCAUAUUUGUAUUGAUGCAUACAUGUAGCUUUAGUAUAUUUUGUCUGAUUUCAUGUUUUGUUUUUAUUGAAUAUUUAUUGAACUCUUGUUUUGGUUAUUGCUUGUUACUGUAAAUCCUUUCCAACCCAUUUCACAGUAAUUUUUGUUGUUGUAAAAUUAACUGGAUGAAGAUAGAACAGGAAAAAUUCAAGUUUUACAUAUUUGCAACCACUUAUAUUCAUUGAAGAUGCGAAAAUAAAUCCCUCACCAUAAACUAGUUGGUUUACAGUACAAGGAAUAAUGGUCAGAUAUGACUACAUAAACUGACAUGAUACAAGAUAUAUUUGUAUCCUACAUCAUCUAUCCAAAACAGAGCUAGCUUUUUGUUUUACAAACUUGUGUUGUUGGAUAUUAUUUACAUUCACUCAUUUAAAGAAAUACAUUUUUAUUAAAAGUUCUUAAAUUUGCAC